UGCGUGCACCGUUAUUAAAUGUAAUGUAAACUAUUUUCAGCAGUUAACGGUUUCAGGUUGCAAAAUUUUUUACAAAAUUCUGGUCGCAAUAAAAUGUCUCGCAGAUUCGGCAGUAACGGAAGUGCUCCAGACAAACUACGCCAAAUUUCACAAGGAAACGAGUUGCCCGCCUCGCCUCCCACGUCCGCAUUGGCAUCCCGAGAAAGUCAGCAGCACCGCUUUAAAUUGGAUGGUCUUAGCGCGGACUCAACCACUUCAUCAUCGACAGAUUUUGGUCUUUGCGAGCUCUUACCGAAACGCACAUGGAUCGUCGGGGAUUCCUUCGUCCAUCCCAACUGGUAUGUCCGGAGGAAGAAGACGCGCACCCAGCGUCCCUGGCAGGCCCUGGGCAUGCGCGAGUCGUGGAGAGCCACAGAUAUAAUGGACGAUUUGGAGGCGAGAACCAAUGUGGAGUUGGGCCUGGGCGAUGUCGAGAAGAGACGGUUCGUCAAUGUAAAGGAGUUCGACGAUCCGAGCUUGUUUAAAUUCGACGCCACGAAUGAGGUCAACGAGGUGCUGACGGACCCGGUGUACGAUUAUAAUACGUUCCAUGCGCCCGUACACGGAAAAUCAACGAUAGGAGAAGCUCGGAAAGCGUAUAAGCGGCCCAAAUAUAUCGAUUUGGAUACCAAUUUGAACGCUUCCAAAUCUGCAGCCCAACCUGUAACGGUCAAAGCGCUGAUGUUGGACGGUCAGGUAGCCGCCUUCGUUACAUGCCCAGCCAGUCCAAAAUGCAGCCAAACAUCCGAUACCGUCUUCAAGCUACUUGAAGAAACGCUGGCGAAAUGCAAUACGUUAUUGCCGAAGGAUGAUUUUACCGUUAUCCCGCCAAAAGGGAAGGAUACCAGCAAAAUCCAUGGACCCGACGAAAAGGUCACGAAAAAAGCCAACUCCAAAAAAGCGGCAAUCAAAAGAAGGAAAAAAGGAACGAAAAAAAAGAAACUUGUAAAAAAGGAAAAGCUGGUAGAAAGGUCACUGUCCGAGGAGAAACGCGCGCAACGACAGGCGUUACUGAAGGAAGAGACUCCCGAUCAGGUGUGGUUUGGCUCACCUGGGACGCCACUGGAACUAGCAAACGAUUUUCUGGGUUUGCGUGAAUUAAAGGGAGAAGAGCGCCGUGCAGCUGCGAAACAGUUGAUGUUUAAAGAAGCCGGCCCAGACGAAGUGUUCAAAGCCAAGCGGUGGAGAUGUUUAGCCAAGAAGCACUGGAGAUUCAAACGCGAGCGAAAUAUACUGCAGCGGUAUCUGUACCAGUUGCAGACAGAAUCGACUACACGAAGUCGGAAAUCUUCGGUUCCGAAAACACUGUUACAGGAAAACGCUGACAGUGUGAACGUUGAUCCGCUCCUCACAAACAGCGCAGCAUCUAACCACGUCAUUUCACCGGGUGAUCUGCCACCAGUCGCCUGCGGAAACUCAAGCAGGACAGAACUUCUAUUUGCCAACACUCCAACGAAUGACGGCCUAAUUGACGGAGAUUGGAUUGACGAGGCAGUAAUAAACCGCUUAGCAGAUGACCCCGUAGCCGAUUAUCAACACCAUCCACCAAAUCUGCACUGCGCAACUGGAAAGCGCUUGAAAAUUAAAGCGGUGGCGGAAAGUGCUAACGUGCUGUAUUCCAUGUUUGAUGAUCAUCAUGUAAUGUCAGACAAAAACGCCAGGAAACUGGUGCGAGCCUUCCGACAGUUAGGGUUAAACGCCGUGGAAGUGGAGGACGAAGAUGUUGAGCGUAAUGAGGUGCCAUUCAUUUCUAUGGUUUCCGGUGCAGUGGACAAAGCGAAGGAGCCGGAAAUUUGAAUACCGGCAGUAGAAAACGUACAAAAGUUUAACAGCACAAUAAAAUGAUGGUUAUGCAAAAUUACCUUAUUGCUAAUGGUUUUCUGUGUGGUAC